UGGAGUUUUGUAAUCCUACCGGUCUCACCUCUGGUUUCCAUGUAUGUUGCCCAGUUUUACCAGGCAGGUAAAAUCCCAGCCUUGGGGAAUGACUGGGGCGGCUGGGAGCCAGGAAGGGUUGAUGGGUGAAGCUGGCAUCUGGCUGAGCAUCUUACUGCUGCAAAAUGCUCAGAGAAGGCCAGAAUUUGCAUUUCUUUUGGCAGUUGUAGCUUGCAGGGCGCUUACCCUGGUUUUGCCUGUACUUGCAUGGCCAGAUGUUUCUAACUUUGUUGUUUUUCCUUCUUUCUUUCCAGCGGAUCGUUGUAAAGAAGUACAGCAGAUCCGAGAGCAGCAUCCAAACAAAAUCCCGGUGAUCAUCGAACGCUAUAAAGGGGAGAAACAGCUGCCGGUGCUGGACAAGACCAAGUUCCUUGUCCCAGACCAUGUCAACAUGAGUGAAUUGGUCAAAAUAAUCCGGCGUCGCUUGCAGCUGAAUCCCACCCAGGCUUUCUUCCUGCUGGUGAACCAGCACAGCAUGGUGAGCGUGUCCACCCCCAUCUCGGAGAUCUACGAGCAGGAGAAGGACGAGGAUGGCUUCCUCUACAUGGUCUACGCUUCUCAAGAGACCUUUGGCUACUGAGGCCUGCUGAGAGGUGGCAUGUGGAGACAGAUGAACUGUGGCGCACGGGCCCCCGGCCUUGGGAGACAACACCACCAGAGGCUCACCAGAGGGGGGGCCGCGCUGCCUCCCUUUCUCUCCCUCCCUCCCCUUCCCACCACCCCGUCACCAAAGAGGCUCGUGGCGUGUGUUGGACUGGCACAACCCUUCACCUCCCUGUAGACCAGCCCCGCUCCCUUCCACACCCACCCACCCACCCAGGGAUGGACGGACGGACAGAUGGACGGAUGCCCACGCGCCCACCUGGGGGGCCUGGGCUCCCUGUCCUGUCCCUUCCCCGUGGCCCCCUCCCCGGCUGCUCUCGCUGUGCUCUGUGUGCGUGUCCGUAACCCCCUGCCAGGAGCGAUGGGCCGGUGGUGGAGGGAGGAGAGGACGCUGUCGCCUCCGCUUUGGGCACGGGGAGAGCCGCCUCUCCUCCCCCGCGCGAAGGAAGGGCAGGAGGUUCUGCAAAAGCAGCGAACGGAUGUGACCGUUGCUCCCCAGUUUUAAUUGAUUUUAAUUACACCCAUAUCAGAUUCUUGGUGCUACUGAGUAGAUGUAGGCGUCUCUAUAGGACUGUGGAUAAUGUAUAUCCUUUAGAUUUAUUUUAUUGGAUUUUUUUUUGUUGGUUUUGGUUUUUUUUUUAGGGGUAGAUGGGAAUGGGGAGAGGGGGGAAUCUUUCCUGUAUUCUGUAGGUCAAUAAAUCUGGCUUCGUUGCACUUUAAAAGCAUAGUAGAUGUCAGAGUGGAAUUUACUUUUAAUUUAUACAGGUUUGCCAUAUAUAGUGCUGCUCCUCUGUUGACAGUUGUACCUGGAUCGUCUUUUGUUUCUUUUUUUUUUUAAACAAAAUUGAUUUUCCUUCUCUCUGUCUCCCCAUUGCAUGCAAUUUUUCAGUCUCAGUGUGGCAAAGAGUUUGCUCAAGGAAUGUACUGAUUUAUAUUUGCUAUGUUCCCAUUCCCGUUUCUUGUGUAUGAUACCAAAAAAUGGUAUAUGAUAAAAUCCCAGCCAGUUUAAUCUAUACAAAGGUAUAUAUAUAUAAAUAUAUAUAAAAUAAACAUAAAUUCAAGUCGUGUCUUGUAGGAA